AGAAAAUCAUGUAAUAAAAGAAAUUAAAAUAUUUAAUCAGAAAAGAAUCCCUCCGUCAGGUUCAGUUGCAGAUAAUAAAAGAGGCGAAGCGAGAUGAAGAAAACCUAACCAACCAACCAAGGAAGCAAAAUACUGAAAACAGCGACAUGGCUCACGGCGGUUUAAACAAGCGGCGCGUGAGGGUUAAUAAUUCCCCAAACCGUCGAUCCACCACCAAGAAAUUCAAACCCCCCGUUUCUCUCAAAAACCAGAUUCGAUCUGCCGAACGCAUGCUCAGAAAGAAUUUACCAUCCGAGGUUAGAGAAGCACAGGAGCAGAAAUUGGCAGCUUUGAAGAAGCAGCAGGAGAUUCACACUCGUCUCGCCGUUGAACGGAAGAUAUUCUUACGUGAUAGAAAGAUUAAGUUCUUUGAGAGAAGAAAAGUUGAACGAAGAAUCAGACGCUUAGAGAAGCUUCAGCGUUCUUCUUCUUCUCAAGAUGCUGCUGCUUCUCCUGACCAGCUUGCAUCGCUCAAACAAGAUCUUCAAUAUGUUAUGUACUUUCCCAAGAAUGAGAAAUAUGUUCCUUUAUUUAGUGGAAAUGAUGAUCAGGAGAUAGUUGACAAGCGAAAUGGGCUUCGCAAACAGAUUGAAGAAAGGUUGUCUGCGGCUGCUGCAACUGGCAAGGAUUUAGAAGAGACUGGCAGUGAGGAUGACGGUCUUUUGGAUCUCAGUGAUGAUGAUUUUUUUCUUGCUGGAAGUUCUAGUGAUGAAGCUGAUGCUGAUGAUGAAUUGACAGACAAAAGCACCAGAGAGCAGACUUCUAGUGCUUCUGGAAAAGCUGUGUCUGGCAUGUCUAGCGAUGAAAAAAAUCAGAGGCAGAUUUCUGCUAGAGCUUUGAUGCCUCCUCCUCGCCCUUCAAACAAGUUGUCAAGGUUUGGGUCAUCUUCAGGCCAAAAUUCAUCUAAACAGAGAUCUCAGUUUUCUACAUCCAGAAACAUAUCAAACAGCAAAAGCAGCUCAGAUUUCAGAGUAAGGGAACCCUCAAGAUCAGGGACCGGUAAUGGCAGUAGUCUAAGCUCCAACUCUGAUUCUCACAAGCCUCAGACCGGUCAUGGAAGUAGUCUAAGCUCCAACUCUGAUGCUCACAAGCCUCGGAGAAAGAGAAGACCUAAGAAGAAGAAGCAGCAGGCAUGAUGGCUAAACUGAGGAUUGCUAUGGCAUUUGGAUUAGUUUCUUCACAUUCAUUCAAGAAUCUUACAGUUACGUGUUACCUGGACGGGUCACGUUCUGCGGUGGACCUGCAGGGAGCCUCUUUUACUGGUCAUUGUUGUGAUCAUAUAUUUACUGACUUGUUAGAUUAGAUUGGGAAUUUGUUACCGUGAUAUAAUAACUUUUGACUUUGGGUCAUCAUUUUGAUAGUGGGUUACUGUAAAUUAAAUUCCAAUUUGUUUACGGAUGAAAAAUAUUCUAUCAACCAACAACCAAGCCUUAUCCCACCGAGUGGGGAUGAAAAAUAUUCGACUCUUACGAAAUUUGAGUUAUAUUUGUAUUGGCA